AUGGACGACAUUACAGCACGACUCAAGAACAAAGACCCAUUGAUACAGAAAAAAGCCGCCAACGAUCUAAAAGUAUUGGUCGAAGGCCAACCAAGUGUUUUGAAUGAGGCUAACAAACGAAUAUUUGAAAUGAUGCAAGGAGACGUGCCCGAUAAGAUUGGUGGAAUUCUCGCUAUCGAUGCGCUCAUCAACAACAAUAUUGAAACCACAACUCUAGCACGCUUUACAAAUUACCUGAAAAUGGUAUUGCCAGGCGCUGAUGCUCAAACUAUGAUAUUGGCAGCACGGGCAUUGGGUCGAUUGGCAGUGCCAGGUGGUGCUAUUACAGCAUUAUUUGUACAAAACGAAGUAAAUUCUGCAUUAGAAUUUUUACAGGGAGAUAGACAUGAAACAAGACGCUAUGCAGCUGCACUUGUAUUACGAGAAUUGGCUCGAAAUGCCCCCACCUUAAUAUAUACUCAUGUACCACAAAUUCUUGAUCUGAUAUGGAUUGGUCUUCGUGAUCAAAAAGUGGUUAUAAGAGAAGCCUCAGCUGAGGCGUUGAGCGCUUGUUUACAAAUUAUAUAUGAACGAGAAAGCAGUAUGAGAAUGGAAUGGUAUCGAAAGAUAUAUGAUGAAGCUUUCAAAGGACUGAAAUCGAAUAACAUUGAUCAAAUUCAUGGGUCACUACUAGUCUAUCGUGAAUUAUUACAACAUGCAAAACCAUAUAUAGUAGAACGAUAUAAACUAGUAUGCGAUUCUGUUCUGCGACUUAAAGACAAUCGAGAUGGACUUAUACGGCGUACGGUUAUAUCCUUAAUACCGGAUCUUGCUAACUUCAAUUCAACGGAAUUCAUAGCAGCUUACCUUCCAAAAUGUAUGACACAUCUACUUAACCAAUUAAAAAAAGAUCGAGAUCGCUCAAUGUCCUUUACUGCAAUUGGUCAAGUCGCGUGUGCUGUUGGCAGCAAUAUGGGACCUUAUCUCGACUCUAUAUUGAGUAGUGUGAAAGAAGGGCUCUCAUUAAAAGGGAGAAAUCGAGUUGGAAAUGAAGCACCGAUAUUUCAGUGCAUAGGAAUGUUAGCCAAAGCG